AAAAAACUACUGCUACCGCUGCGAGGCUAGUGUGCUAGCAGGAGACUUUUCUGUUGCCUUUUGCCUCAUUUUUUUUGCUGAGAAAUUGUCCUGCGUGGGAGACAGCAUGUCGAACGCCUUCCCCAGGUGUCCUCCAACAAACAACAUGGACACUUGCAGACAGCGAGCCGAGUCAGGACGAGACGGCAAAUCUCACAAGAAGAAGGCGUCUUCCCAACUCAGCACGCCAUGCAGCGAAGAAGGAGAACGCAAGCCUAAAUUCCACCUCCAAUUUAGAAAUCUCACCGAUGACGUGCUGGACAGAUUUGCCAGUAUUCGGAUUCCGGGGAGCAAAAAGGAGCGGCCCACCAUAGCGCAUGCUAAACACAGCCACUCCGAUUGGGCCGUGUUUUCGUCCUCCAACUCCCACGAGUUUGUGGAACUCUCAUCCAAGAUCACUUCAGAGAAGGAAAUCCUGGCGCUGUUUGAAAAGAUGAUGGAGGACAUGAACUUGAACGAAGAAAAAAAGACGCCCUUGAGAGACAAGGACUUGAGUACAAAAAGAGAAAUGGUCAUGCAGUAUGUUUGUACUGCUUCAAAAACGGGCAGCUUGAAAAGCAGCUAUCAGAUAUCUCCCCAGGAAUUCCUGGGAGAACUCAAGUCAGGAGUGAUGGAAGAACGUCUGUUUGCUUGUCUGGAUUCUCUGCGAGUCUCACUCACCAGCAACCCUGUCAGCUGGGUCCAGAGCUUUGGUCAUGAGGGCCUUGGAUUGCUACUUGACAUUUUGGAGAGGCUGCUGGCCAAGAAACAGCAGGUGCGGCUUGACAAAAAGAACCAACAUAAAGUCAUCCAGUGUCUAAAAGCCUUCAUGAACAACAAGUAUGGCCUGGACAGAAUCCUUGGGGAGGAGAGAAGUCUGGCACUCCUGGCAAGAGCAAUAGACCCCACCCAGUCGGCCAUGAUGACCGACGUGGUCAAGGUGCUGUCGGCCAUUUGCAUUGUGGGCGAAGAGAACAUCCUGGAGAAGGUCCUUGAAGCCAUCACCACAGCGGGAGAAUGGCGAGGCACGGACAGGUUCAGUCCCAUCGUGCAGGGACUAGGAGAUCGCUCCGUUCAGUUGCAAGUGGCUUGCAUGCAGCUCAUCAACGCGCUCGUGACGUCACCUGACGAGCUGGACUUGAGGCUGCACAUCCGAAAUGAGUUUAUACGUUGUGGUCUGAAGGACAUUUUGCCGCAACUGUUGUCUGUGAGGAACGAGGCCCUCGACAUUCAGCUGAAGGUGUUUGAGGAGCACAAAGAAGAGGACAUGAUGGAGUUCUCUCACCGGCUGGAGGACAUCCGAAGCGAGCUGGAUGAUGCGGGGGACGUGUUCAGUAUUUUGCAGAAUAUGGUGAAGGACAGCCCUGCGGAAAGUUAUUUCCUCUCUAUUCUGCAGCACUUGGUGCUCAUACGCACCGACUACUUUGUCAGGCCCCAGUACUUUAGAAUCAUCGAGGAGUGCGUCUCUCAAAUCGUCCUGCAUCGUAACGGAACAGACCCCGACUUCAGUUACCGCAAACGCCUUGACGUGGAUUUCAGCCACCUUCUGGAGGUUUGUGUGGAUAAAGUGCGAUGUGAUGAGUACGAACAACAAGCUUCAGAGUUGGCGGAGAAGUUCGAUGAAGAGUUUGUAAAACGGCAAGAGGCCCAAGCUCAGCUGGUUAAGUGUGAAGAAAAGAUGGCUGAGCUUCAAGCAGAGCUGCACGCCUUCAAGUCCCAGGGUCCAUCUGCACCAGUGCUGGGGUCUUCUGGCCACGUUGCUUCAAUACCUACUGGGUCCUCACCUUCCAACCCAGCAUCUGGCCUGCCGGUCCCCCCUCCGCCUCCUCCUCCUCCUCCACCGCCUCCUCCGUUACCUGGUUGUCCAGCACCCCCUCCUCCACCCGGUGCCCCUCCUCCGCCUCCACCGGGAUUUGGCUUGUCCGCCUGCCUCGUCCUGCCUUACGGCCUCAGGCCUAAGAAGCAGUUCAAGCCCGAGAACUGCACCAAGCGCCUCAAUUGGUCCAAGAUACAUCCUCAGGAAAUGUCAGAGGGCUGCUUCUGGGUGCAGGCUGAUGACAACCAAUAUGCAAGGCCUGGUUUGCUCAGCAGAGUCGCCCUCGCCUUCGGUUCGCACAGAGCAGCAAAAAGAGAAGAGGAGGAUCUCGAUGAUAAGAAAUUAAUUAAGAAGCGAAUCAAACAGCUGAAGGUGCUGGAUCCCAAGAUAGCACAGAAUCUAUCCAUUUUCCUGGGUUCUUUCCGCCUGCCUUACAAAGACAUUCGUCAGAUGAUACUGGAGGUGGAUGACGAGCGUCUGACUGAACCAAUGAUACAGAACCUGGUAAGGCACUUACCUGAGCAGGAGCAACUCAACGCCUUGGCCAAGUACCACAGUGACUACGCCAUGUUGUCAGAGCCGGAGCAGUUUGGAGUUGUGAUGAGCAGCGUGAAGCGCCUGGGUCCACGUCUCAGCCACAUCCUCUUCAGGCUGCAGUUUGAGGAGCAGGUCAACAACCUGCGUCCAGACAUCCUGGCCGUGAACGCCGCCUGUGACCAAGUCAGGACCAGCCGCGCCUUCGGCUGCCUGCUGGAGCUGGUCUUGCUGCUGGGGAACUACCUGAACGCGGGGUCCAGGAACGCCCAGUCCUUUGGCUUCGAUCUCAGCUCCCUCGUCAAGUUGAAGGAUACUAAGUCAGGUGACCAGACGACCACAUUACUUCAUUUCCUGGCACAAAUAUGUGAGGAGGAAUUUCCACACGUCAUCACGUUUGUUGAAGACCUUGAACAUGUGGACAGAGCAAGCAGAGUGUCUGCAGAGAAUGUGGAAAAGAGCCUGAGGCAGAUGGAGAAGCAGCUGCUGCAGCUGGAGAAAGACCUCCAGACGUUCUCGUCCCCGGACGACCCCGCCGACAUGUUCUUCCCCAAAAUGGCUAGCUUCAUUAAGGUAGCGCGGGAGCAGCACAGCAAGCUGCUGAGUCUGCACGGCAACAUGGAGACUCUCUACCUCAGUCUGCUGGACUAUUUUGCUGUGGAUCCAAAGAAAACAUCUGUGGAGGAACUGUUCACCGACCUCAGCAACUUCCGAAGCAUGUUCGCACAAGCGCUGAAAGACAACAUGAAGCGACGAGAGGCCGAGGAGAAGCAGAGACGAGCUCAGGCAGCCAAAGAAAAAGCCGAGCGCGAGAAGCAAGAAAGGCAGCAGAAGAAGAGAGGACUGCUGGAACUUAACGCAGAGAACGAUGAGACGGGUGUGAUGGACAGUUUGCUGGAAGCUCUUCAAUCAGGCGCUGCCUUCAGGGACCGCAGGAAGAGAGCACCAAGAACCAGAGAUACCAAGAAGCAGACCAUCAGUCCCAGCUCCUACCGCCAGGUUCUCAGGCCUGUGAACUAUGAAAACAAGACGGCCCCUGUGCAGAGGUCUCGCUCUCGCCGCGACGUCGCCGCCUGCCCGACGGGGGCCAAGGCCCCGCCCACCAAGGGGUGUGGCGGCCCGGCGCCCUCAGGAGGCGGAGUCACAGGCAGGUGCACAAAGACGGCAGGAGGAGAGAAAGACGUGGGUGGGCUUGCAGGGAUGGAUGAUGGAGGGGAAGGAGACCAUGUGACGUGUCCGGGGGUCUCAGCAGGGGUCCGGGGGUCACCUGGUAAGGAGUCUGACCUGGAAACUCUGCUGGCUAGACUCAGGUCUUUGUAGGAAACACACAAGUCUAAAGUCAGGUCCUUGAAGGAAACACACAAGUCUAAAGUCAGGUCCUUGAAGGAAACACACAAGUCUAAAGUCAGGUCCUGGUAGGAAAUCACAGAAGAGUUUGGAGGAAAACCUGCAAUAAGUCAGAGAUCAUCUUCAUAAAAUGUGCAUACUGGCUUUGAAAGUAUAACAGCAAUAACAUAUAUAAUCUAUAUCAAUUAAAUGUUUAUAAAAAAAUAAAUCAAGUUGUGCACGAUUAAAAACAUUUCACCUCAAAAAGGAUGAUGCACAAAAAAGUGGAUUCUAAUCAAAAUUGUGAUUCUUAUUCUAAAUGCGAUUCCAUUCAUACUUUUCAAAAAUCGAGUAGAAACAUUUUUUUUUUUUUUUUUAU